AUGGGGUUUGGCGCUAAAUCGUUGUCGUGGAUGGAAGGUUUCACUUUUUCUAGUAGUAUGUCCGUUAUUACCAACGGUAGCACUACAAAGGAUUUCAAAGUCAAGAAAGGUCUUCAUCAAGGCGAUCCUUUGUUCCAUUUUUUGUUUGUUUUGGAAACGGAUGUUCUUACGGCGUUAAUGCGAAAGGCUAUUUCAAACAAUGAUUUUAGGGGUUUCAAGAUCAAUGAAGUGGAGAAUGUGAACAUGUUACAAUUUGCGGAUGAUACCGUCAUCUUAGAGGAAGGAGAUACCGCAAAUUUGUGGAGAAUGAAGGAAAUUCUUAGGGGCUUUGAGAUGAUGUCGGGAUUGCGGGUAAAUUUCAAUAAAAGUAAUAUUUAUGGUGUUAACGUUUGUGAUGGUUUUAUUGAGGCGACUUCUACCUUUGUCUCUUGUAAAGUAGACAUACUUCCCUUUAUAUUCCUCGGUGUUAAAGUGGGCGGUAACCCGCAGACGCUUGCCAUGUGGAAGGAUUUGAUCAUAAUGUUGAAAUGGAGAUUGGCCGUUUGGAAGGGUAUUAAUCUCAACACAGUGCGACGUCAAAAGGCCUAUCAUUGGGUGAGUUGGGAUAUCGUGUGCAAAUCACGGGAAGAAGGUGGUUUGGGAGUAAAUAAUGUGGAGGUUAUGAACGUGGCGUUGUUGAGUAAAUGGAAGUGGAAGAUUCUUGUAGAAGAAGAGGCAGUGUGGAGGGGAAUUCUUGUUUCUAGAUACGGAAACAUUAAAUUGAAGAUUCUUGUUGGUGACAUCUCCAUAGCUGAAAAAAGUGACUAUAUUUGGUGGAGGGAUAUUCUUAUCUUUGAUAAUUAUGCUGCUUUGUUGAACCAAAAAUUUUCAGGUGCUAUCUGA